AUGGUAAGGGAAGAGCAGUUAUGUGGAUUUCUUGUGAUUCUAACCCUUCGUCUUCUUUGGCAUCCAAGCACGGGCUGUAUAUUGGGAGUUGGACUUGUUCUGUCCCUCAUGAGCCACAGCAGCCAAAUGGAGUCCCGGGUUCAUGUGGCAGCAUCGCUUCGGAAGCUGUCUGCAUACCUAGAUGACAGUGGCAGCCAAAGCAGAACAUUUCAGGAGGUGCUUGCCUACACCCUUAGCUGUAUAUGUACAUCAGCAUUCAGUGCUGGCAUUAUUGAGGCUGCGGAGGCUGAAGAUAUUAUGAACAAGCUUCGACUGUUAGUAGAGAACAACCAGCAGACUUCAGGUUUUGCCCUGGCAUUAGGAAACAUAGUUCAUGGUUUGUCUGUGUGUGGACAUGGAAAAGCUGAAGACUUGGGCAGCAGACUGCUCCCUGCCUGGAUCAAAAUUGUGCUAGCACAGUGGCUGCACAGCAACUAG